CCCUGUGGACGCCGCGUACAUUCGCACACAUGCGCGCGCGCGCACACACAGGGAGCAGGUGUGCCCGCGCGCGCGCGCACAGUGUGCCCGAUAGACUUGGUCUUUUCCCGGAGAACGGCAGGGGUCACAUCUCUUUUCUGGUACCUCCAUAAUCCAGAGACCAGCCCGACAGGAUGGAGCAUCCGGGACACAUUCAGGGAAGCUGAGAGUCGGGGGGGGGGGGUUAGGGGAGCUUGAGGUUUGGGCGCAGGUCGGCGUUCCACCAGGAGCGUCAGUAGGGCUGCCCUGGAGAUGCCUGAGUGCAGGAGGAGAGGGCUUCCUGGCUCCCACAGCAGCCUUCCAGCCUGAGGAAAGGAACCCUGAGAAGCCGCCCUGGAGGGACCGGGUCUCCCCGUCCUCCCCUGCCGCCCUGGAGGGACCGGGUCCCCGCCGCCCCUGCCGCCCUGGAGGGAUCGGGUCCCCGCCGCCCCUGCCGCCCUGGAGGGACCGGGUCCCCGCCGUCCCCGCCGUCCUGGAGGGAUCGGGUCCCCGCCGCCCCUGCCGCCCUGGAGGGAUCGGUCCCCGCCGCCCCUGCUCUCUGUCUUUCACAGUCUUGCUUUGACACGAGGCAGCUGUGUGCACGCUCCUUCCCUCCCCACAGCCUGCCUCUGCGCCUGUGUCCUCCCGAGUGACUCGACAGGGCAGACCACGGGCGUGUGCACUGUCUCCUAGGUGACCUUCUUUUCAGAGACGAAGGUUGUCCAGAAGUGCUCUGUUGGAAGAAGGAAAGUCAUUCCUGGCCCUCAGGGAACCACCCCCAGGCCUGUGCUCAAAGCCUAGGCCACGAGGAGGUUUACCUAGUAACUGAUGACGCUAGGCUGAGACACCCAGUGAUUGGUCUGACACGCCUACCCAGCUACUCUAACCACUUUCCCUUUGGGACCCAGGAUUUGGUUGAGUUUGCGGGUGUAAGUUUAGGCUCUAAGGAGGGGCCGAGGGACUUGGGGCCAGGUCUGCAGCAAGGAGCAAGGGACCUGAGCAACAGGCACCGCAUUCACCUCCGUGUGUGAAGACCGUUUGUCCAGGCUGGGGCAGGAAAAGCCCAGAGGCCCCUGCCAGAGCUGCCCCGGGGGCCAGACCUUCCUGCACCUUCCCAGAGUGGAACAUGGCCGCUCUGCUGCUGCUCAGCCUCAGCCUGGGCUGUGUGGGCGCAGGUGGCUUUGUGGCUCACGUGGAAAGCACCUGCCUGCUGGACGAUGACGGGGUUCCGAAGGACUUCACCUACUGCAUCUCCUUCAACAAGGACCUGCUGGCCUGCUGGGACCCGGAGGAAGGACAUAUAGCCCCCUGCGAAUUCGGGAUGCUGUCUAACUUGGCCAAAUCCAUUUCAGGGUACCUCAACAAAGACGACAGCCUGCUCCAGCGCUUGCGCAACGGCCUCCAGGACUGUGGCACACACACCCAGCCCUUCUGGGAUGCGCUGAUCCACAGAACACGACCGCCAUCUGUCCAAGUAGCCCCAGCCACUCCCUUUAACACAAGGGAGCCUGUGAUGCUGGCCUGCUACGUCUGGGGCUUCUAUCCGGCGGACGUGACCAUCCUCUGGAUGAAGAAUGGGCAGCUAGUCUCUCCUCACGGCGGCAGCAAGACGGCUCAGCCCAACGGAGACUGGACAUACCAGGCCGUCUCCUACCUAGCCCUCACCCCCUCCUAUGGAGAUGUCUACACCUGUGUGGUGCAGCAUGCCGGGACCCCUGAGCCCGUCCGUGAGGACUGGACCGUCGGCCUGUCCCCCGUCCAGACGGUGAAGGUCUCUGUGUCUGCAGCCACCCUCGGCCUGGGCUUCAUCGUCUUCUGUCUUGGUUUGUUCAGCUGGCGGAAGUCUCGCUCCUCCAGCUACAUUCCUCUCCCAGGAUCCACGUACCCAGAAGGCGGCACUAGAGGCAGAACUGCACGCUGAGGAGGAGAUUCUUGAGGAAGCCUCCGUACCCCCAACGUCUUCAGGACUCCCCACCUUCUGGCGUCGUAGUUCCCUCUGUGCUCCUCUCCCCAUGUACAUGUUAGCAGCUCUGGGUGGGUAGGGGGUCUCCAUAGUGGAGUCAUGGUCUCAGGCUGUUUUCCCAAGGUGAACUGGUCUGAGGAGGGGACCCUGAUGAAGGCUGCACCUUGUCACAGAGGGCCAGUAUGUCAUCGUGAUCACACCUAAGAAAUAAACUGGAGGAAUUA